AUGCGCUUCGACGAGUCAAGAAUGCCAGAACGUUUAUCUGAAAGCAGUGAUGUUGAAAAGCCUCGCAAAAAUAUGAAAGGAGGCAGUGAAAAUGAAGAAGAAGAAGAAGAACAAGAUGAUAAACUUGCUGAAGUUGAGGAUGAAGAAGCAGAAGAGGAAAUGCCCAGUUUUAGUGAUGAUGAGGAUUUCGUUUCUACUUUAACUGAUGAUAAACUUUGUCCUGAUUUAUUUCUUGAAAAACCUCAAAAACAUGAAAGUUUAAAUAAUAUUAUUAUUAUUGACAAUUUACCGCGUGUUGAUACAGCAAAAUUAGAAAAAUUAAAAGUGGUUGUCGCAAAAGUGUACAAUAAAUUUGGUCCUAUUAAAAACGAAUACUAUCCAAUUGAUGAAGAAGGAAAAACAAAAGGUUAUGGAUUUUUUGAAUUUGAAUCGGAACAAGCAGCACUCGAAGCCGUUAAACAAACAGACGGUUAUCCAUUGGAUAAAUCACAUCAGUUUAUCGUUAAUCUUAUGUCGGAUUUUGAUCGCUUAACAGCGAUUCCAACUGAAAAAGAUGAUUUUGGAAAUUUAUUAUGGUGGUUAAGUGAAUUAGAUGCUGUCGAUCAAUUCGCAAUAUUAUCGGAUGAACCGAAAAAGACAACGAUCUAUUCCAAUAGUUUACCACAGCCAGUCAUUUUGGAAGAUAGAAGUAAAUGGACUGAAACGCAUUUUGUUUGGUCGCCAAGGGGUACCUAUUUGGCAUCGUUUCAUGAACAGGGAAUUGCGUUUUGGGCCGGAAAAGAUUUUCGACAAGUACAACGUUUUGCCCAUCGCGGAGUGAAUUACAUUGAUUUUUCUCCAUGUGAACGUUAUUUAGUGACAGUCUCACCGGCACAGCGAACAGAUGAAUCUGUCAUUAUAUGGGAUAUUAUAACUGGACAAAAGUUACGUUGGUUUCCAUUUGAUCAACAAAAUCCACAAUGGCCAUAUUUCAAUUUUCAAGAUCAGUAUUUCGCGAAACAAGGAAAUGAUUGUUUACAAUUGUAUGAAACAGAAACAUUUCAUCUAGUUGAUAAAAAACCAAUUAAAGUUCCAUCUAUUGCCGAUUUUCAAUGGUCACCAACUGACAAUCUUAUAUCAUAUUGGUGUUCGGAAGCUGAACAUGUUCCCGUACGUGUGGUUUUAGCCGAAGUUGGUCAGACUUUUCAAGAAGUUCGUUCAAAGCGUGGUGAUUAUCUUGUUGUUAAAGUUGAUCGUUAUACGAAAAAAAGUGGUGAUAAAAAUAAUGUGAAGUAUACGGGUAUGAUUUACAAUUUUGAAAUAUUUCAUAUUAGAGAAAAAAAUUAUCCACUCGAUACACUCGAAGUUAAAGAAACAAUUCAAUCAUUUUCUGUUGAACCAAAUGGACAUAAGUUAUGUGUUAUAUCGGGUGAAAGUGUUCGUACAAGUAUAACGUUUUAUAAAAUUUUGCCAAAAGGUGGAAAAGUCGAAACAUUAAAGGUGAUGACUCAACCAGUUACAACGGCAUUUUGGUCGCCUAAUGGACAAUUUCUUGUAUUAGCCUCAGUAAAAACUGGUUCAUCGAGUAGUGGUUUGUUAUUAUUUGUUGAUACAAAUGAUAUGUCGAUUAUGUCAAAACAAGAACAUAUUGAUUUAUCAGAUGUUGAAUGGGAUCCAAGUGGACGUUACGUUGCUACAUCUGUUUCCUGUUGGACAGCAAAACGUGAUAAUGCAUUCAAACUCUGGAGUUUUCAAGGAAAUUUGAUAUUUGAAAAAAAUAUUGAUAGACUGGCGGCAUUUCAUUGGCGUCCAAGACCACCAUCUCUUUUAUCAGAAGAAAACAUCAAGGAAAUUAGAAAAAAUAUGAAAAAUUAUUCCAAAGUGUUUGAACAACGUGAUCGUAUGUUACGUACUGGUGAAUCAGCCAGACAGCAAGAACAUCGUCGAAAACAAUCAGAAGAAUUUAAAAGAUUAAGGGAUAAAAAUUCACAACGUUUACAAAUACAAAAACAAGACAGAAUUCGACUUCGAGGAAAAGAUACUGAUUCUGUAUUUGGUCAAGAUCAAAUAAGCGAAGAAAUAGUGGAGUUUUUAAUCAAAACCGAAGAAGUUGAAAUGAAAUAA